AUGUCGGGCGAGGCGUGGUUAUACCUGUUUGCCGUCAUCAUAAAUGCGGUCAACCUCUUCCUCCAGGUGUUCUUCACCAUCAUGUACAGCGAUCUGGAAUGUGACUACAUCAACCCUAUCGAUCUCUGCAACCGCCUCAACACCUACAUCAUCCCCGAAGUCGCUGUCCAUGGGUUCCUCACCUUCCUGUUCCUGAUCAACGGAUACUGGGUCGCGUUGAUCAUCAACCUGCCACUUCUGGGUUACAAUGCGAAGAAGCUCUGGCGGGGGGACGCCCUCAUCGUGCGCGAAACCCAAACCCCCGACCAUGCCGUAGUCCCGUACACCGGCGCCGACCUCUCGCGCACGCGUCUCGGCCCCGCCAACCCCUUCCGCAAUGCCUCCUCCACCAACGCCACGCCGACCCAAGCCCUCGGCAAACGCAAGAAUGUCUUGACCGGCCACGCCGAAGAAACGUACAUCUCGGAACAUACCUUUCGCGCUAAGCACCGCGCUGUCGAGCGGGCGGGGCCUUCGGGCGCUGGUGGUGGGCCAGAGAGGGAGGGGAUGACGAAUCGGGAACAGAAGGAGAUACAGAGACGGAUACGGGCGGGGAGAGAGGGGAAGGGAAACGCGACGGUGGCGGAUGGGGAUAAUGCGUAUGUUGGGCCGUGGGCGCGGUAUCAACGGGAACGAUAUGAGGUGUUGGAGGUGGAGGAUGAGGCGGAGUUGGGGAGUGAUGAGGAGUAUGAGAUUGUGGAGGAGGAUGGUGAGGAUGAUGUGGUGCAGAGCGGGACGGUGGUGAGCGCACCGGCUCCGGCGUUGGCUAGGAGGCAGGAGGUGGAGGAGCUGGGGGAUGAGACGACGUCGUUUUUGGGGUCGAGCGAACACGAUUAUCUGGGGCGCACGUAUAUGCAUGUGCCGCAGGAUUUGGAUUUUUCGUUGACCAAGGAGGUGGGGAGUAUUGCGAAUUACAUCCCGAAGAAGCUGGUGCAUACGUGGCGGCCGCAUGGGAAGCCGAUUACGGCUUUGCAGCUGUUCCCUCGGUCGAGUCAUUUGGGUUUGACUGGCGCGGCGGAUGGGGUGGUCAAGAUAUGGGAUGUGUACCGCGGGAAGGAGGUGCUACGGAGCUUUGCGGGACACAACAAGGCGGUCACGGAUUUGUCGUUCAAUAGCGAGGGGACAAGGUUUCUGUCUGGCGGCUUUGACAGGCGCAUACGGUUGUGGGAUACCGAAACGGGCCAGUGUGUCAACCGCUUCAACUGCGGCAAGACGCCACAUGUCAUCAAGUUCAACCCAGGUGCCGAGAACGGGCACGAGUUCUUGGCGGGUCUGUCGGACAACCGCAUCUUGCAGUACGACAGCCGCGCGGGCAACGAGACGGUACAGGAGUACGAUCAUCACUUGGGCGCCAUCAAUACGCUUGAGUUUAUCGACGAGAACCGUCGGUUCAUGUCCACUUCGGAUGACCGGUCGCUCAGGGUGUGGGAAUAUGGUAUUCCAGUCGAGAUCAAGACGAUCAGCGAACCCGACAUGUUCGCACUUACAAAAUCGGCACAACAUCCCAGCGGGAAAUAUGUCCUCUACCAAUGUAGCGACAACUCCAUCGUGGCCUACUCGUCUGGGUCCGACAAGUUCCGGCAAAACCGCAAGAAGGCAUGGCGCGGGCACAACACGGCCGGCAGCGCGAUCGGCCUCACGUGCAGUCCCGAUGGGCAGUUUGUUGUCUCGGGCGACACGACCGGCGGCGUCUGCUUUUGGGACUUUAAGACAUGCAAGAUGUACAGCAAGAUUGCGGUUGACAGCGCCGGCGGGUCUGUCAACUGUGUCGCGUGGUCGGAGCAGGAAACUAGCAAGGUGUUCACAGCGGGCGCGAAGGGGGAGAUUAAGCUGUGGGAUUAA